GUCCAGACCGCGCCACUGCGCAGCCGCGAGAGGGCGGUACCACGGCGACUGCGACAUGGGGGGGCGCGGAGCAGACGCCGGAAGUAGCGGUGGUACGGGUCCCACCGAGGGGUACUCACCGCCGGCGGCGUCCACCAGAGCGGCGGCGAGAGCCAAGGCCCGAGGCGGUGGGCGUGGCGGCCGCCGAAACACCACCGCCUCUGUUCCCUCUUCCCGCGGAGCGGCGUCGCGUCGCUCCCCUCCACCGGCUGCCAUGAGCGAGCGCCUCCGCCCCAGGAAAAGGAGAAGGAAUGGCAGUGAAGAAGACCACCAUCUCCCGCCCCAGACCAAAAGGAGUAGUCGCAACCCUGUCUUUCACGAUUCCUGGGACACAGAGUCAUCAAGCAGCGACAGUGGCGGCAGCAGCAGCAGCAGCAUCAACAGCCCGGACAGGGCCAGUGGGCCCGAGAGCAGCUUAAACCAGACUGUCGCCGGAUCCAGCCCCAACACCCCUCAGCCUGAGCAGUCUGCACUGUGCCACGGCCCUUACUUCCACAUCAACCAGACCCUGAAGGAGGCCCACUUCCACAGCCUACAGCACCGAGGACGGCCUCCGACAUGACGUGCCGGCAGCUGCCUGCCUUCUGUGAAGGGACAGCGCUGUGCAGAUUUGAUACUUCAACUUACAAUGUUUUAAAAGAUUGCACAAAAAAAUGCCUGUUGGCUUUUCAGUCUAUAUUUGAAAUAACAGGUUAACAGGCAGUUGUUUACUUGUGGUUUUGCUGCACUAUUGCAAUUUCAGAGGGGCUUUAAAGCAACUUUUUAUAGGAUUCUUUUAAGGGUGGGUAUCAACUCCAUGUCAAGGUAAUGGUAAGAGGAAAUCUCAUCUGUGUGUUGAAUUCAUAGUUUGUCCAUCCAGAUUAAUUUUCAGAUCUGUCAACUAGAAAUUCUACUUUAUGUAAAAAGGGCCUUUUAAAAAUGCAGGAUCUUCAAUUUUUUAAAAAUUCAAUAAACCAGUGAAGAGUA